CGCGCCAGCACAAGACGGAGACCAAAGCUAAAGACAAAGUUCAACGUAUAAUAGAAAGAAUCGAGUGAAAAAGUUAAAGAAUUUGUGUAUUUACUAUCGAGACGCAUCUUUUUGUUCAAAGUGACAAAUAUUUGAGCUCCAUCUCCAAUCUCCCCACCGCCGCCGCCGCGUUUCACGAUGAGUUUUACACGCCAACUGUCCGAGAUGAGUGCCAGUGAAUUGAACGACGCCAUCGACGAUACCAACUUUCCGCAGGCCCACAUCCUUUCGCGCGGCCGCAACAACAGCGUCUGCUCAACAAGUAGCACCUCGGGCACCUCCUCUCUGGCGGACCGGGCCCUGUCGCAGCCGGAGGAGCAGCCUGCUAUUCCGCAGCCAGGAUCCGCUGUGGGCACGCCCACGGAUGAGCUGGUGCCGAGCAGUGGAGCCACAAAUCGCCCCCGCCUGAUUCUGAAGACGAACGGCAGCAUUCCGGAAAACGAUGGUACACAACCGACAACACCAAUGACACCACGUACAUCGACAACGCCAGGCCACGAGAAGUGUACUUUCCACCACGACCUGGAGUUGGACCACAAGCCGCCCACACGAGAGGCGCUGCUGCCGGACAUGGCGCGCUCCUACCGCCUUUUGCUGGGCGGCCUGGGCGAGAAUCCCGAUCGCCAGGGCCUGAUCAAGACCCCCGAGCGAGCGGCCAAGGCCAUGCUGUACUUCACCAAGGGCUACGACCAAUGUCUGGAGGAUGUACUGAACGGCGCCGUAUUCGAUGAGGAUCAUGAUGAGAUGGUGGUUGUCAAGGACAUUGAAAUGUUCUCCAUGUGCGAGCAUCACUUGGUACCAUUCUACGGCAAAGUGUCCAUCGGCUAUUUGCCAUGCAACAAGAUCCUGGGACUGAGCAAGCUUGCACGUAUUGUGGAGAUCUUUUCUCGUCGAUUGCAAGUGCAGGAGCGUCUGACAAAGCAAAUUGCAGUGGCUGUAACUCAGGCCGUUCAGCCUGCAGGCGUUGCCGUUGUGGUUGAAGGAGUACACAUGUGCAUGGUGAUGCGAGGCGUGCAGAAAAUCAAUAGCAAAACUGUUACCUCUACCAUGUUGGGAGUGUUCCGGGACGAUCCCAAGACCCGCGAGGAAUUCCUGAACUUAGUCAAUAGCAAAUAAACUGGAAAUGGUGGGACAUUGAGAGAACAAGGAAUUGGAAUACGAAAUAAACUAAAUCCUACAAUAUUUUUUGAGGCGCAUACAUACUUACAAAAUACCUACAAAACAUACGAAAAGAGAAAAAGAAACACAGGGUCCACAAGCUUAUGUUUUUUUAGGAUUGAUUUUUCAUAGUUAGUGCAAAUUCUGCAGCCAUUUUAAUUGUUGACUCGUGUAAAAAUUGUUGAAAAAUCCUGUUAGCCAAAUACGUUUAUCUAGAAAAAGGAAGGAAUAUAUAAAAAGAAGGAUGGAUAGAACAGAAUUUAAUGCUGGUGUUGGGUAGGUUUAUUUUGAAUUUUAUAUUGAAAUUUAUGGCACUUUAAUGAUGCGCCUUACAGCCUACAUACAUACAUGUGUAUGCGUAAGUGCAUCGCGCAAUAAGGGAACAACUACUGAUAAUAAAUCAACGCAAACCAUUUAGGGAAUUUACAAUAUUAUCGUAUACAGAGUACGUAACAAGUAAUCGAAUACCUAUAUACUCAUAUCUGUAUUUAUAUAUAUACAACAUAAAAGUUAAAUUUAAAACUAUCGUGAAUAUUGGCGAUUUUAAAUGUUAAAACUUAAUGCUCAUUAUGUACAUGUUGUUGCUUGUAGUAAAUCGAAUCAAAGCUGCUUAUAAAUUAUACAAUAAAUUAUCUAAAUUAUCUUAAA